GACAUUAUAAGAGUUGCGUACGAAUAUCAAAAAUAUAGUUGACAUAUCACCUUGGAAUCAAAAUGGCGACCUGUCAAAUUUUCGAAAUGGUAACCUGAAGAGGAUUUUUUUUAAGAAUAUGUAAUUUGUCAGUAUUACAGAAAGGCAAGAUGCCUCAUCCAGAAACAGAAUAUCAUCACCAUUUCAGAGUGAAUGGCUGGAGUUGUCCUUUCCAUCCUCUUCAGUUUGUUGCAUGGUUUGCUGUCUUUUAUUAUACUGUAGUAUAUUUCACCACUAUGGUUCCAGCAUUACCAACAAACUGGCACCCAGCAGGAUAUAUUGUGACUGGGAUUGCUUUAGUUGCACAUGCAGUGUCACAUAUUGUAGCCAGUACUAUCAACCCUGCUGAUGUAGCAGUUAUACAAAAAAACAGUAAACAGCAAGCCAAAUUUGACAGACGGAAACAUAAACAUGUUAUAGAAAACAUGCAUUGUUAUAUUUGUGAAGUUGACGUAGGUGCUAAAUCUAAACAUUGCAGUGCAUGUAAUAAGUGUGUGACGAACUUUGACCAUCAUUGCAAAUGGUUAAAUAACUGUGUUGGUGGACGUAAUUAUAAUUGGUUUCUCGCUGUACUUGUUACUGGGAUUAUAGGUGUGUUACUUGUUUUCCUUGUUUGUAUGGUAGAGUUUAUUGCAUACUUUACAGAUGAAGAUGAUGGAGAAAUACUACUGCCUUAUAUAGAUUACAGAGAAAUGUUGCAAUUAAAUCCAAAUUUGACAUCAGCAUCACCAGAGUUUAAGAUUAUGCACAUACCAAUAAAAGAGAAAGCAGGAUGGUUAGCACUGUUGGGAAUAACAGCAAUACUGCUCUUACUAUCUUUAGCAUUACUCAUUCAUCUUUUUGCCUUCCAUUGUUAUCUAAUGUACAAUAAGAUGACAACUUAUGAUUACAUUGUAAAACAGAGAGAAAAAGAGGUUGAAGCAGUGAAACCACCUGUGUCUACUGGUAGACGCAAGCGAGUUCCUGUAAGCAUGAUGAACAGAGUAGGACCAAGAGGCUCAAGAAAAAUUGUCAAAAAAGGUUCAUUCAAAGAAGAAAAAGAAUAUAAACACAGAGAGGAAGGAGAAACCUCUGGAGAGACCCCACCACCUACAACCAGUCCAAUGAGACAGAAUGAAAACAAUAAUAAUGCAGAAAAAAUUUACAGAGACGGUAGUUUAAGAAAAAAGCCACAUGCUCAUAUUGACAAUGAAGUCACAGUUAAAAAGAUUAAAAGAAAAAAGAAAAAAUCCUACAAAGCACCAACACACAGAAGUUCAGAUGAUGAGACUGACAGAAAAAUUUCUACAAUUGGUAAUCCUCAAUUCUAUACAACUGCUCAGAAUGUUGAAUUGGAAUUACCAAUUCAUAGUCCAAUAAAAGUAUCGCCACCCCCACUUGUUCCUGUGACAGCUGUUGGUGCAUCACAGGAAUAUAAUUCUGAUUCUGCAGAAUCAUUACACGAAACUAAACCUCGACAGAAGCCAUUAGCAUUUAGGAAUUCAUCACAGAGGAAUAUUGCAAAGGGCUCCGAUAGUCCAGAUUCUGGAAUUAUUUCUCAAGACUCUUUACGAAGAAGUAAAAAACCAAAACGUAAAAAAUCAAAGUCAAAGAAUACAGAUGAAAAUUUGAAUGCUACAACAUUAUUAACUGUAAAUCCCAAUGCCAAAUAUAAUCCAGAUGGUAGUUUGGAUUAUACUAACGGUAUGCCUGUAACUCCAGUUGUGUUAAAACUCAGGCAGCAUAGAGAUCUGCCAAAAUUAGAAUCGCCCCCACCAGAAGUGCCACGAUUAGACUUAGGUCCUUUGACUGCAAGUUCAGCAGACAAUAUGUCAUAUAGACCUCCUAGUUCACUAAGGUCAGAUGAUACUUACCUAACAGCAAGAUAUCCAGAUUAUUUUAAUAACAAUAAUUUGACUUCUUCACAGAAACUUUCUCAGGUGCCAGAAAUGAGUGGGUUGGAUACUGAACUGUAGCUAAUGUAAAGUGAUUUUUUUUUAAUUUUUAAAUUUUGGGACCAAAUUGUUUGCAUGCCUUUUCAAAUUAUUGAAAUGUGUUGUGUGCUAGAGUAUUAGCAGACAUGUUGAUCCAUGUUUCCAUUUAAUUUUUAUCUACUUUAGUAUAGUUAUGUACUUUUCUUCAACUCUAAUUUGCACUUUCAAGUCAAUUUAAGCUUAAUUUGAAUUAUUUCACUGCACUUGUUUGCAUCAUUGUAGGACCUUUAAAAAAUCCUUUUUUGAAAAAUGUGUAGUUACUAAGAAAAAAGUCCACUUUAAAAAUCAGAAUUUAAUUUUCUGUUGUAUUUCCGACUACUUUUUUAAGCGCAGAGUAUUUCAUAUGAAGUAUGGUACUAAUUUCCCUUGCCAUUAUUAGAAUGUUAGAAUUUAUGCAGUAAAAGAUGUAUGCUAUGUCUGGCAAAUUUUUAUUAAAAUAUAUGACAUAUGUGUAAUUUAUUGUGUGAAUGAGAAAGUGCUGAAAAGGAGGAGGUGUGCUAAGCCCUAUUUGGACUGACAAUCAAAUUAUAACAAGAUAAGGUGGUUAUUUCAUAAAGAUAGUUGAUAAGUAUGUGCAAACUUCAAACUGUAAGGAAUUUGAAAUAUGAAUUUUCUCUAAAAAUUUUGCAAUCAAAAGAUAGCAUAAAUUUGAUUUUACUCCCAAAUAUUAAAAAAAUUGCCUAUUUUGACACAAAGUUGUGAGGUGUAAAUAUUUAGCACAUGCAAGUACCAAAUAAAUAUGUACAUGAGACUGUGAUAAGAGGUGUUGUUUGUCUAGACUUACAUGUUAUUUAUUUUGACUGGCAUGUGCUUUAUAUUUUUGCAGGUCCAAAAACUAGUUUAAAUAAAAAAACAACUAUUCUUUUUACUAAAAAAAAAUGUGUAAUAGGGCCUUUUUCAUUUGAAACUUGGGAGUUAAAAGUUUGCUUAAGAAGAACAGCCAUCUUUUCAGAGAACAGAUGGAAAAGUAUAUGUUUCUAUUUUGAAACCAAAGAAAGUGCUUUAGUUGUGCUGGACACAAAACAUAAAGGCAUAUAUACUUGAUUCUAUUAUGUCCUGGUUUGAUAUUAAUAUAUAGAAUAUUAAUAGACAUAAAGAGUUAGAUUUUUACAUGAAAAUAAAAUGUGUGUAUUAAAUAAGAGUAAAACAAAAUAAAUAAUUUUGUGAGGUCUAAAGGUAAAAUUCUAAACAGGAUUUUAGUCCGUUACCUAAUUUUUAUCUACAUCCGUCCAUUUUAACAAUGUUGCACCAUUUGUAUAAUAUAAAGUGCUUUUUACAAUAUAGUAUGUAUUUUGUUUUUAAUUAUUGUUAUCAAUUUAGUAUUUAGCAUUUUUGUGGGUUGACAUUCCAUUCCAUUUCAUUUUAAUACAUCCUUUUUGUAGAUUUUGAUUGGUAUGAAAUAAUUCUCUAAUCUAAGAAUUACUUAAUAAGCUUUGUGUAAUCUAAGAAUUACUUAAUAAGCUUUGUGUUGGUACUAAUAUUUAGAUUGCAUCUCCCUCAUGCAAAGUUAAUCUUCGAGUUGUAAGGCUGUUAAAGAGUUUCGGGCAUAUAACUAUACUUGGCACUCAAGAGGACUAAAUUUGUGCUGGAAACACUAAAUCCAGUAUUUUGAUUGGUUGGUUUCUAAGUAUGAGUUCGAAAAUUGUACUCAAAAUUUUUAUGACUUAGGCCAGAUCUUUGUGGAUGUUAUAAAGGAAAACUUAAGGUAUUAAUUUCUUCUGAGUUUUACUACCAUUUCCAAAUCGCAUUUGCUUAUUUGUAUAUCUGCACGAUAAGGGUUCACUUGGAUGGAAUUUGUAGUAAGUGGCAAGUUUACUGGUACAUUUUGAUUUAGAUUUAAGCAUCAAACAGAUAAAGAUUCUAAUUCACACAUUGAAAAAUAAAGGUUUGACAGUCAUUUCCAUGAUGAUGUUUUUGUAUUAGUCUCAAGUGCAUGUUUUGCCAAAUUCAGCCAGACCAAACAAAUUUUGAAACAUUGGAGAAGUACAGUAUUUUUACCAAAUUAAAAUCAUGACCACAUUUCAUAUAUCUGGUAUUUAGCAUACACUUGAAAGGAAUCAAAUACAAAUUUUUAAGCAGAUUUACAUGAUGUUGAGACAUUUUAUCGUGAACAGAGAAACUGAGGAUACCCAAUUUAAGGCUUAUUUAAAAUGUAGUAAUAAAAAUCAACAUCACUACUAACAGAUUUGUCAGAUGGACAUUUAGGACUGUAGAAAUGUUCUGGUCUGCAAGAGUGGUGCUUAUUCUAUCAGUUACAACAGUCUGACCAACAUCAUUUGGAACCUCAUUCUUUGGCUGGAGUAGACAACUGUUUCAUUGGAAAUCAUACCACAUCUUAUUUUAAAUCAUAAGUGUUGAAAAUUUGUAUAGAAGUUUUCAAGAAAAAUGUGUUUUUAUUAUGCCCCCGCCAAGUGGGGCAGCAUUAAGGUUUACCCUUGUCCUUUCAUACGUCCCAAGAUUAGUUUCCGAUCUCUAACUUUAGUUUGCCUUAACCAAAUGUUAUGAAACUUAUACACAAUGGUCAAGCUCAAAUUUUGGUGGUGUCACUUUAACAUCUUGAGUUAUGUCCCUUUAUAAAUGGAAAAACUGGCAAAUUUGCUGUUUCAGCAAUCUAACUUUACAUUGACUCUACCAAAUAUUAUGAAACUUAUACACAAAGCUUAUCACCACCAAAUACAGAUCAAGUUUGAAUUUGAGGGUGUCAAGUUUCAAUGUUCUCGAGUUAUGUCCCUUUAUAAAAGAAAAAAAUGCUGAAUUUGAUGUAUAAUUACAAACAGGGGCAUCUGUGUCCCAUGGACACAUUCUUCUUUUAUUUUCUUUAUGUAUGGACAACAGACAAAGUUGUAGAAAAUUAUUUUGGUAGCAAAAUUCUGAGCAACGUAGCAAUCACACUUAAUGGUAAGAAAUUUUCUGCAUUGUAUUUUAUUCAUUUUUAGCAAGUAUUAGAAUUGGCAGGAACUUUUAUUUAGUAUUAUUUCACUUUUAACGUCCACUAUCAUAGUAUUUUGUUAAGUUUUAUUUAUAACAAAGUUGUUGUGAUAAUGUUUUGUGAUGUUUAUUUUUACAAUGGAUCUGUGAUUUUCAUCAGUUGCAUGUUAUGCAAAAUUGUUAUUACAUUUUGGAUCAUUGAACUAUUCUAAUAAAUGGAAUUUUUUUAACA